CAGCUUCCGGCAGCAGGCAGAAGCACCGGCCAGCUUGGGAAAGGGACACAGAGGAAGAGACAGAGUGUACAGGGACAGAGGAAGAUGUCAAGGAGCAGAGAGCAGGAAGACAGGAGGCUUUGAGCACACGCGGCUUUGUCUAUUCCAGUAACAACCUCCUUGCUGCCGCUCACCGGUUCCAUGGAGAUAAUAUUUGGCCGGAAUAAGAAAGAACAGCUGGAGCCAGUUCAGGCCAAAGUGACAGGCAGCGUUCCAGCAUGGCUGCAGGGGACCCUGCUCCGAAACGGGCCCGGGAUGCACACAGUGGGGGAGAGCAAGUACAACCAUUGGUUUGAUGGCCUGGCCCUUCUCCACAGUUUCUCCAUCAGAGAUGGGGAGGUCUUCUACCGGAGCAAAUACCUGCAGAGUGACACCUACAUCGCCAACAUCGAGGCCAACAGAAUCGUGGUGUCUGAGUUCGGAACCAUGGCCUACCCAGACCCCUGCAAAAACAUCUUUUCCAAAGCUUUCUCCUACUUGUCUCACACCAUCCCCGACUUCACAGACAACUGUCUGAUCAACAUCAUGAAAUGUGGAGAAGACUUCUAUGCGACCACGGAGACCAACUACAUCAGGAAAAUCGACCCGCAGACCCUAGAGACCUUGGAGAAGGUUGACUACCGGAAGUAUGUGGCGGUAAACCUGGCUACCUCGCACCCUCAUUAUGACGAGGCUGGGAAUGUCCUUAACAUGGGCACAUCCAUCGUGGACAAAGGGAGAACAAAAUACGUGAUAUUUAAGAUCCCUGCCACAGUGCCAGGCAGCAAGAAGAAAGGGAAGAGUCCCGUGAAGCACGCGGAAGUUUUCUGCUCCAUUCCCUCGCGCUCGCUGCUCUCUCCCAGCUACUACCACAGCUUUGGUGUCACGGAGAACUAUGUGGUGUUUCUGGAGCAGCCUUUUAAGUUGGAUAUCCUCAAGAUGGCCACCGCAUACAUGAGGGGAGUGAGCUGGGCUUCCUGUAUGUCCUUCGACAGGGAGGACAAGACGUACAUUCAUAUCAUCAACCAGAGGACCAGGAAGCCUGUGCCUACCAAGUUCUACACAGAUCCCAUGGUGGUCUUCCAUCAUGUCAACGCCUACGAGGAGGACGGCUGUGUGCUGUUUGAUGUGAUCGCCUAUGAGGACAGCAGCCUCUAUCAGCUCUUCUACCUGGCCAACCUGAACAAGGACUUCGAAGAGAAGUCCAGGCUGACCUCAGUGCCUACCCUCAGGAGGUUUGCUGUGCCCCUCCAUGUGGACAAGGAUGCAGAAGUGGGCUCAAAUUUAGUCAAGGUGUCAUCUACAACUGCAACAGCCCUGAAGGAGAAAGACGGCCAUGUCUACUGCCAGCCCGAGGUCCUCUACGAAGGCCUAGAGCUCCCUCGGAUAAAUUAUGCUUACAAUGGGAAGCCAUAUCGCUACAUCUUUGCAGCUGAAGUACAGUGGAGUCCAGUCCCAACCAAGAUACUGAAAUAUGACAUCCUCACAAAGUCCUCCUUAAAGUGGUCUGAGGAGAGCUGCUGGCCGGCAGAGCCUCUGUUUGUUCCCACGCCAGGUGCGAAGGAUGAAGAUGAUGGAGUCAUUUUAUCAGCCAUCGUCUCUACGGAUCCCCAAAAGCUGCCCUUUUUACUCAUUCUGGAUGCCAAAAGUUUUACGGAAUUGGCUCGCGCCUCUGUUGAUGCGGACAUGCACCUGGACCUUCAUGGUUUAUUUAUCCCAGAUGCAGACUGGAAUGCAGUGAAGCAGACUCCAACUGAAAUGCAAGAGGUUGAAAACUCAGAUCAUCCCACAGGUCUGACAACACCAGAACUGAGCCACAGUGAAAAUGACUUCACAGCAGGUCAUGGUGGCUCAAGUCUUUAAUCCUAACACUAAAGGCAGAGGCAAGCAGAUCUCUGAGUUCACAAGGGACAGCCUGGUCUACAACACAAGUUCCAGGACAGCCGGGGCUUCACAGAGAAAUCCUAUCUUGAAAAUGAAAGGCAGAAAGGAAAGAGAGAGAGAGAGAGAGAGAGAG